AUGCUUGUGAAAAAAGAAACAGAGUCGGAUGCAAAUUCACAUGGAGAUGAUCAUUCAGAUCGUGAAGAUGACAUGAGAGACUGCGAUUCAAGCGAUGAAGGUGUUAAUGUAAAUUCACAUAUGAAUGGUAAUAACGGUAUGGAUUAUCAAAGAAGUCCCACACACAAUACAGAUUCAUCACAUUUAAGUCAUCAUACACAAUUUCCAGUCAAUCCAUUAGGCAUGUUAGGAAAUUUUAUGGGAGUACAGAAUUUACAAAGUCUUCAAAAUUUACCGAACAUGCAACACGGCGAUGUGCUAGAAAAAUUAAAAAUGCAAGUACGUGAAAUGAAAGUUGGUUUGAUGGAUCAAGACUUUCCACUUCAUUCAUUCAACUCAUUACACACACCACCAAAUACAUCAUUCACAUUGCCGCCAAGUACAAAUCACAGUCAACCGCAAAAUCUCAGUCAACAGUCACAAAACGGAUUUUCGUUUACUCCACCGAAUGCUCCGCAUGCCAAAGAUGGCAAUCCAGGAUCGAAUUCAUCAACAUCAAGUGAAACAUCAAAUUCUUCUCAACAAAAUAAUGGCUGGAGCUUUGAAGAACAAUUUAAACAAGUUAGACAGUUAUAUGAAAUUAACGAUGAUCCAAAGAGGAAGGAAUUCUUAGAUGAUCUGUUUUCAUUUAUGCAGAAGAGGGGAUCGCCAAUCAAUCGUCUUCCGAUAAUGGCCAAGUCAGUUUUAGACUUGUAUGAACUGUACAAUUUGGUAAUAGCUCGUGGUGGAUUAGUCGAUGUCAUUAACAAGAAAUUGUGGCAAGAAAUUAUCAAAGACUACAUCUACCAUCCAGUAUAA